GGCGCCGUGGCCCAGCGGGCAGCGGCAACAAGAUGGCGGCGCCGGGCCGGCGGCUGUGCCUGGUGGCGGCCCUGCUGCUCCUCCUCGUCGGUGCCCAGGCCCUCGCCCCCAGCCACCACCUCACCGCGCGAGACCUGGCCCGACUGCGGGCGGCUCUGGAGCGGCCCUUCACCGACCUGCAGGCCGCCUACUACUCCAUUGUGGGCCUCCACAGCCUGGGGCUGCGCGUGGCGGACGAAAAGGCUGCAUGCAAUUUUGUCAAAUCCCACGUGGACUCCAGCAGUGUUGAUUCCCUUUUCUAUGCUGCACAGUCUAUCCGGGUCCUGUCUGGUUGCGAGGUUACUAUUUCAAAUGAGACCAGGGAGCUGCUGCUUGCCGCUGUCAGUGAGGAUUCUUCAAUCACCCAGAUCUUCCAUGCUGUUGGGGCCCUGAGCAGCUUUGGCCUUCCUUUAGCAUCUCAGGAAGCACUUAGUGCUCUUACGGCUCGCCUCAGUAAAGAAGAAAAUGUGCUGGCAACCAUCCAGGCUUUGGAGACAGCAUCUUACUUGUCUCAGCAGGCAGAUUUAAGUGGCAUUGUUGAAGAGAUAGAGGAUCUUGUUGCUCGCCUGGAUGACUUGGGUGGAGUUUAUCUGCAGUUUGAAGAAGGAAUUGAGACUACUGCACUGUUUGCUGCUGCUGCCUAUAAGCUGUCAGACCAUGUGGGAACAGAACCAGCGAUGAAAGAGGAGCAAAUUAUCCAGUUGAUGAAUGCCAUUUUUAGCAAGAAAAAUUUUGAGACGCUCUCAGAGGCCUUCAGCGUUGCUUGUGCCGCGGGUUCUCUAUCCCACAACCGCUACCAUUUGCCUGUGGUCAUUGUCCCUGAUGGUCCUGCAGCUGUGUCUCACCAUCAGCCUGUACUUAGGCUCCAAGUGACCAAUGUAAUGUCCAAGCCACUCACUCAAGCUUCUGUAAAGCUAGACUACGCCAAGUCUGCAUCUACCAAAGCCACUGUCCUCCAGCAGACAGCAUUUACUCUGUCAGGGGAGGUCUUUGAGCUGAACUUCAUGAAUGUCAAACCUGCAAGUGGAUAUUAUGAUUUCUCUAUCAGUGUUGAUGGAGAUAACAGAUUUAUUGCUAACAGAGUUGAGCUGAAAGUAAAAGUGUCCACGGAAGUUGGGAUUACUAAUGUAGAUCUUUCUACAGUGGAUAAAGAUCAGAGCAUUGCACCAAAAACAACCAGGGUAGCUUACCCAGCCAAAGCCAAGGGCUCCUUCACUGCUGACAGCCAUCAGAAUUUUGCUCUAUCCUUCCAGCUGAUAGAUGUGAACAGUGGAGCUGAUCUCAUUCCUCACCAGACUUUUGUCCGACUUCACAACCAGAAGACUGGCCAGGAGGUAGUUUUUGUUGCAGAACCAGAUAGCAAGAAUGUAUACAAGUUUGAACUGGAUACCUCUGAAAGGAAGACUGAAUUUGACUCUGCCUCUGGUACCUAUACUCUGUACUUGAUAAUUGGAGAUGCCACUCUGGAAAAUCCAAUCCUGUGGAACGUGGCUGAUGUUGUGAUUAAAUUCCCAGAAGAGGAUGUGCCAUCCACAGUCCAGUCCAAGAACCUCUUUGUUCCCAAGCCUGAAAUUAAGCACCUCUUCAGGGAACCUGAGAAGAGGCCUCCCACUGUGGUAUCUAACACAUUCACAGCACUGAUUCUCUCACCACUGCUCUUGCUGCUCAUUCUGUGGAUAAAGAUUGGUGCCAACAUCUCCAACUUCAGCUUUGCUCCCAGCACCAUUGUUUUCCACAUGGGACAUGCUGCAAUGUUGGGACUUAUGUAUGUCUACUGGACUCAGCUCAACAUGUUCCAAACUCUGAAGUACUUGGCCAUUUUGGGUGGUGUCACGUUCCUGGCAGGCAAUAGGAUGCUGGCUCAGAAAGCAGUAAAACGGACACACUAGCACCAGAAGAAUGGAAGAAAUGGGGAAAAACAGAGCAAACGCCUUCAGAACAGAAGUGAAAAAGUAAUUGAAAGAGCAGAAGAAUGAAAGCAGAAGCAGAUUUUUUUUUAUAUAUAUGUAUUAAGUCAAGAGGGUUCCAGUUAAACUUUUUAAACAAUCUUGAUUUUUCACUGUUGUGUUCAUGCUACUUGAGUGUUUCUCGUAUGAAACCAGAAGGUCCUUUCUUCCUUGCAUCCCUGCCCCCCUUCUCUGCUCUUAGAACGUUUUAAUUUCUUUCUGAAAAAGAAGAGAAAGGAAAACAUAAUUCUGCCUUUCCCCAGGUGCCCCCUCCUCAUACUGAACGAUUUGUGAAUAAAGAGGAAAGAACGGUCCUGA